UUAUUCAUCAAAUGGCUGUGUAAACACGCCUUAAGAAACGCAUUGUAAAUAAACGAAUGAUUUGUUGUGAACGAGAUCGUACGGCAGUUCGUUUGAAGACACCACCGUGUCAGGCUGUAUGCGUAUUACCAGUGACAUUUAAAAAAAAGUGUGUUACAAAAAUGAAUUUCUUAAUAACAAGAUUAACGUGGACCAAUGGGAGUAGGAUAAAUCAAUAUGUUUUCGCAAUAAUAAUCACGAUCCCCCUACUCAGCUUCGGCAUGGUGCAAGGGUGGCUGUCUCCCAUGAUAACAGUGCUACAAUCAGCUGAAGGACCCUCCCCGGAACCCUACACCGACUCCGAUAUCUCCUGGAUGGCCUCCGUCACCUACAUCACCGCUAUCAUCUUUGGAGCCCCCAUGGGGUAUCUAACAGAUAGAUUUGGAAGAAAAAUUAUGACUCUGGUGACGACGCUAUCUUUAAUUGUCUAUUGGCAGAUCAAACUAUUCUGCCUCGAGCCCUGGGCGUUGAUCCUAGCCCGGGCGGUUGCCGGCAUACCCUGCUCAUCCUGCUACAUAGUUCUGCCCAUCUACCUCAAGGAAAUAAGCGACAUCGACCUUCGGGGAGCCUUAGGAUCUCUUCUCAUUUUAAACAGAAACAUUGGCUACCUAACGAGCUACAUAUGCGCAGACCUCCUGGAUGUGAACACAGUCCUGUGGCUGGGUCUGUUGGUGCCGACCGUCAUCUUCUUCAUAUUCCUGGCGAUGCCCGAGACUCCUGAAUACCUGGUGAAACAGGGGAAAGUUGAUGAAGCUAAGACGGUGCUGGCGUGGCUGCGAGGCGUCAACGUGAUGGACCGCGGCGUGGAGCAAGAUAUCGAGAGCAUCGUCAGGGUGGACAAGCAGACUCAAGCUGACUCCAAGUCCGUCUGGAAGAUUGUUGUACAAGACAAGCCGACCUUCAAAGCCUUCAUUAUAACCACCAUCAUCAAGAUCACGCAGCAGUUCGAUGGCUACCUCAUAGUGCUUAUCUACGCCGGCUCCGUCUUCGACAGAGCUUCUGAGUCCAUCACCCUCAAGCUCAGCUCCAAUAAACAGGUCAUCCUGAUCGGAGUAGUCCAACUCCUCGGCUCUAUACUAGCGACCUGCAUUGUGGAGAAGACUGGCAGAAAGCUCCUCCUAGUAACAACAUCAUUUGCCGUUGGUGUGGGCAUGGUGAUCCUAUCAGCGUGGUUCUACGUGACGUCAUCAGGUAUCUGGCUGCCGGGCUGGCUGCCGGUCCUGGCUAUGUGUCUCUGCAUCUUCGCUGAUGCCGCCGGCUUCCAGCCUAUAUCGUACAUCAUUAUCACGGAUUUGUUUACUUUCCAGAUGAGAGGCACAGUAUCAGCUUUCGCGAACGUCUGCGCGAAAAUGAGCAAUUUCGUCCAAACGAAAUGGUUCACUGUCCUCUGUACUAUCAUCGGCAUCCAUUGGACCUUCUUAUUCUUCGCCAUCGUUUGCUUCGUAGCCUGCUUCUACACAGUCAUAUACUUUCCUGAGACUAGAAAGAAGACUAUUGACGAAAUAUACUCCAAGUUAUCAGGUAAGGUCAAGAAGGAUGACACCAGGAUUGAUUCUACUCCGUAGUUUUUUGUGGUCUGUAGAUACAGUCAAGUUUCUUAGUCCUUUAAUGGACUUUUAUUGAUCUGAGGUGGGUCGAAUACUUAAGGAAGUAUUGAUUCAUCUUUCUCUGGUUCACCUCGAAGUAUUUGGACGCGUGGAACUUCUAUCUUCUUUUGAUUAACCAAGUAUCUGUAUUAAGGCAAUUAGUAAAUUCUACUGAACCCCUUGGCACUAUUUUGCAUGUCAUAUCCAGUCCUUGUAUUAUUAUUGCUUGGUUUAAAACAACAAUGAUCAGUGAAGGAGUUACACGUUUUCAAAAUCAUUUGAGGAUCUCACUUCUAUUUUCUGUAGAUCAGAAUAAAUAAUUAUUUAAAUAAUUUUUCGACGAACUCAAUUGAAUAUAGGAACAUUUUUAUUCACAGCUAUCUGUGAUUUUUAUUACAUUCUAUUUCGUCCAUUUCUACCUAUUUGUGAUUCAGAUUCCGUCCAAUACGAUUGUUACUCCGAAAAUUCUGGCAAAAAUUGUUCAGAAUUUUGACUCCACGUUGUGAUUUCCUGUAAAGUCAAGUUUUAUUAAUUGUAUAUACUUAAGUAGUGUUAGUGUACGGAUGAUCGUCUCUCUGUAUUGUUUAGAGUAUUUAGUGUCAGCGAGUGUCAGACAUGUGUUUGUGCGAGUGCAGUCAGAAUCAGAUAUUCGAUCAGUGUCUUUUUAAAUAUUGUUGUUUACUUUACUCAUCUGAAAAUGUGACAGCAUUAAUAAUGCAGCUUGAUUCAAAAUUUUCAAAGAAAUCGACUUUCGCAGACUAAUGCACAAAUUUUCUACAUCUUAAAAAUAAGUAUAGGUAUUUAUUUUAAUUGACUUUUAUGAUCUAUUCAGGUUGAUUUGUCCAGUGUGUAGUAUUGUGCGACUGUCUGUGUAUACAGCUGGGUUAUAAAAAUUGGAAACCUUUGUCUUGUCAGAUUUAUAGCUGUCAAUCGACGUAAAUCAGUUGCCAGUAGGUCUGUAUGUAUGUCAUACUGUUAUUGCCACCUUAGUACUUCACUUAAGAAAGUGCCUUCCUUAAAGUCGUUAAUUUGGUAUCUUCGACAAUUCAUUCGAACUUGGAAAGUUUUGGGCUAUCACUUAUUUCGUAUUUUGUCUUUCAUAGUUAGUUAUGUAUAGGCAUUACUGCUAACGUUAAUUAAUAGAAAUAUUUUUUUAGUUAUUUCUGUAGACCUGAUAAUAGAUUACCAGCUUAGCUAACUAGCACCCUAUACAUUACCAGCUCUUCACUGUGUGUAGUCCUAUCACCGGAUACUGAAAGGAUGAUAAACACAAAAAAUAUAAAAUCACUAUUCUGACAAUAGUAAUGUAGACAACAGUCUUGUGAUUGGUUGUUUGGAUUUUGGCAAACUAUACACAAUUGCGAUUUACCAAAAAGUUUACAGGAUCAUUAAAUUUGACACUAAAAUAAUAUGAAAUUGUUCAACCUUUCAGAAUCGGGAGUUAGUGUGCUUAAUAUUGACACAAAAUGCAAUUUGUACUUAAUGUCUGUACACGUAAAACAGUUUUUGUUUGUUUAAAAUUAUGCACUAGUGUUGUACUACCCCAAUAUUUGUUCUUGAAUGUGUAUUGCACUUGACUCGUUAAAAAAUUAUUAGACUUACACUAUUUACUGUAUUAAUAGAAAAUAUAAAAAUCUUUACAAAUGUAACGAGAUUGAUGACAUUAUAAAAAAAUAUGGGUUACAAUGACUUAAUUUAGCAUUUCUCUUCACUCCGUAACCAAAAAAAAAGUAUGUAAAAAUAAUGUGUAAAUUAUUUUAAAACAUGUCACUUUCCCCAAAGACAGAUGACAUUCCCAUGAAGUAAUCACUGAAAUGUGUGGAGAUGACUGGUCACUUUCAUACAUUUGCGGUUAUAACUAGUGUCAAUAGAUGUCACUUACCUGGAUGGGUUUAGUUCUGUGUUUUAAGAGAAACACAAGCUAUUUGUUUUAAAAGCAGUUUUUUUAUGAAUAUUAUGACAUAAAAAUAAUCUUUUGUACGACCAAGAGGAAAACAUGACUCGCUUACCGUGAAAUCUGAUUUUUACUCGACAAUAAAUUUCUCUUUUCUUGUCCAUACAGACAAAUGGAUUUAAAGAAGGAAAUAUUCUAAAAGAAGGUUUCACUUCUGCUGACUGUAUUUUGAAUGAAAAUUGUGAAUGAAACGUGUAUUAAUUAUUUGUAAUUUAUGAGCCAUAAUAAUGCAUAAUUAUUAAAUAUUUAUUAUUGUUUAAUGAUGUAAAUAACGUAUUAAUAAGUGAGUUAAUUGUAAACGUAUAUUAAAAUAUAAUCCUUAAAGGAUCCUUAGUUUAAGAGAACGCCAUUUGUGACUUGUAAGUGAGCAAAAA